AUGAGCACCCAACCUGUGAUGAGUCAGCCAGGGGUCGUGAUUGUCCAGCAAGGCAGUGGCCAGUGGCAGACAGACUUACUUGACUGCUAUGAUGACUGCGGAGUCUGUCUCUGUGGCUUGUUCUGCACCCUGUGUUUGGGAUGCCAGGUUGCCUCAGACAUGGAGGAAUGCAUCCUCUGUGGCCCAACCAUGGCAAUGAGGUCUCUCUACCGAACAAAAUAUGGGAUCUCGGGAUCCCUCCUAGGGGACUUCUUCGCUACCGGGUGCUGCCCUCACUGUUCCCUUUGCCAGCUCAAAAGAGACAUCAAUAAAAGGAAAGCCAUGGGAAUAUUCUAGGAAGAUCUGCUGGCAUUACACAGUCGUAUAUCCUGGAGCUUCUUGUGCAUAUAUGCAUCAUCAUCCUUCAUAAUCAAGCCAGUCAUUGCUUUGAGUGAUAUAUGGAGCUCAUC